UUGUCGUCCAACUUGGCGUUGCGGGCGCUUAAUUCGGUGCAGCACAGCCCCCAUGAUAUGACUCGGAAAAAGCCUUAAACCACAAUUCGCCCCUUCGCAUCCCGUUUGGCUCCGAUCAUCCAAGUCUCUUGCGGAAGAGAAUUAUAUUUUCUUGCAUAUAUCGACAUCAUUACUGGUCACUUUGCCACUCCAUUGUUGGAUUGUCCGCCUCAACCAUGUCUUCAAGCAAUGAUGAGAAGGCUGAGAAGGCCCACAUGGCUAACAACCUAAGCGAUUUUCCGGAGCCUCAGAAAUCGAACUCCAAGUUCGUUCCGUAUCCAAGUCCUCCGAAUUCACCACCUCAAACGAAAGCACCUAUACCCCGAGCCCCGAGAAUAUCCGGAGACAGAGCUCUUCCGGCUGGAGCCGUCUCCUCUGCUCCUCUCAGUCCUCCAGCAACCUCUCCUCGGCGUUCGUCAGCGUUGACGGUCCAUCAACAGCCGAAAGAAGGAGAGAUCAAUGCUGCAACACUGAGGACUCGCCUGGGUCUCGGCAAUGGGCGGUGCGGGGGAAUGGCAAAAACAGGACGGCCUUGUGGGAGUUGGUCACCAGCAGCGAACAAAGCUGGGGUCACUUCACAGCUCGAGUCGAUGAUAAACCUCACGCAGUCAUCUCUAGAACUCAAAGCUGAGCUGGAUAAGCUUGUCAUGCUUGUGCAUUGCAAAAAUCACGACAGUGGUCUCCCGAAAAAGUCUCGAAUCGAAGCCUGGAUAAUGGAAUUUCCCAUCGGAGAAGCUGGUAUAACCAACCCUGCCACGUCGGUUGAAAAGCGAAUCCGAGAGGCUUUGAAUCUUAAGUCUACCCAGUGCAUAGGAGUAGUGGGUCCGGACUUGGGCUGUCUGCGCGGAAUUGGCGGGCAACGGGUGAAUAAUUGCGCGGUGACGAUUGAUGAGAUUGUCAAUCCGGACGUUUAUCAGGAUGACGUCUAUCUUGAAGGUCUACUAAAAGUUCUCGAGACAAAUAUGUAUUGUCCCUUGCACAUAAACAAGCAACCCCUUCAAAUGGUGGCAUCGUGGAAGGAGAGCAUUCUGGAGAUCCUCGAGGAGCACCUGGCCAAGCCGGCUGAAAGCAGUGCACCCGAGCAGACCGGAGGCCCCUCCGGAGACUCAAACGCUCAAGGGUCUGAGAGCCCCUCGGCCAAAAGGAGCGAUGGGCUUGUCUUGGGAAGUGGAAACCUGUCGAUCCCCAACUUCGAUGGAGAUUUGAGCAAGUACUGGCCAGCCGCAUACGACACCUCCCCGUUUGAGAUAAUCGUGAGAAGUGCCAGACUUGCCGACUACAAGUCUUCAUAUGCCAUGGUCAAACGCGAAAUGAUGAGAGAACUGGGUGAGAAGGACCGGAUAAAAGGACAUGUUUAUAUGUAUGAGGUUGAAGGAAACAAAGGGUUUGUGAAAAUUGGGUACACGGCUCGUACCGUGGAGGGUCGCCAUCGGGAGUGGGAUUUCGAUUGCAACAGGGCCACCAAAGCCCUAUACCCCAUUCCUUCAACCACUUCCGCCGAAGUUCUGAAUGUCCGUCGAGUCGAGGCAUUGUGUCACGCGGAGCUGAACCAUCGCAGGAUCAGAAUAUAUUGCAAGGCUUGCCUGAAGCCGCAUCUAGAAUGGUUCGAGAUCUCGGCUGCGGAGGGCAUUGCGGUGAUCCAAAAGUGGUCCAAUUGGAUGGAAACCUGGCCGUACAAGUCCACGGAGUUGAGAUCUGGGGCGAAAUGGACGGUCAGGGAGGAGGAGAGGAAGAGGGCGCAGGAUAUGGACCGCUUCCUAAGGGAAAUAUAAGGAGCCCGCGGAUGGGAAAAUGAGGACCGGUGAGAUGGGCAGGCCAUUCACAAUGUAUUUUCCUUGGGAGCCUAUCGAUUUGUACAAUAGAACGAGGGGAAUAGCCAGUUUGAUUCAUCUCUUCCUCAUUAAAGUCAUCCUGAAUCUCGGCGAAACGGUCACCCCAGUUCUGGAUCCGACCGUCACAACAUUCAUAAAUUAGGCACAAAUAAUGCAAAUAAGGCGUAGACGCAC